CCGCCUGCUAGUAAUCAGCGUUCCUUUCAAUUCUCAUAAAUAGAUUCCGGAAAUCAAGGUGUUCAUUCCUUCCUUAUUUACAAUCCAUUUUGUGUGGUGCAGUACCUGUGGAGGUUUAAGAACCCAAAUCAACAAUGGCAGACAAACCAGAUGUGAGUGAGAUCGCUCAGUUUGACAUGACUAAACUGAAGAAGACUGAGACUGAGGAGAAGAACACUCUACCUACCAAAGAGGUCAUUGACCAGGAGAAGCAGGUGGAAUCCUAAAAUGGCUGCUGUCAUUACUCACAAGCUACAUCCCAGAGGGACUGUUUCUCAAACCUGAACUCUCCAUUCUGGACUGGAUCCUCAUGGCUGCCUAAGUCACUGACUCAAUAAAAGCCAUGUAGACUAA